CAACAAAAUACUCGGAUAAAAAUGUUCAGUUUACUUAAUCGUUACCAGCUUCACGCACCACACACACCCUGAUCGACACCAUGCGUUCUCUGAUUUCAUUGGCUUUCCUGCUGGUAGCAGCCUUAUCAGUAGUCAGUGCAACAUGGGGAGGAGGAUGGAAGAGCUUCGGAGGACAUAAGUCCCACGGCUGGUCAUCCUACAGUCCCUCGUACAGCUCCUACAGUCCCUCCUACAGCUCAUACAGCCACUACCCGUCUUACAAAUCGUACUCCUCAGGAUGGUCACCAUCGUACAAAUCCUACUCAUCUGGCUGGUCUCCAUCUUACAAAUCCUACAGCAGCAGCUACUACCCAUCAUACAAGUCCCAUAGUUACCCAUCUUACAAGUCUUACAGUUCCUACAGCCCGUCUUACUCAUACGGUGGUGGAUACGGUUACGGAGGAGGUCACUCCUACGGAAGCUCUUACGGAAGCUCUUACGGUCACGGGUACAGCAGCUACCCUUCAUACAAAUCGUACAGUUAUCCCUCUUACAAAUCGUAUUCCUCUGGAUGGUCUCCAUCGUACAAAUCUUACUCUUCUGGCUGGUCCCCAUCGUACAAAUCUUACUCAUCUGGCUGGUCUCCCUCUUACAAAAGUUACGGAAGUGGAUGGUGGUAAAAGUUACCUGAUUGUUUUAUUUGUGUUCAAACCAGAAUUUCUGAAGGGAUAUUGAAAGAAAUUAAUUUCAAGCGCAGCUGAAUUAACAGGAAAAGAGUGAGAGUCAGUGCAGUUGCAUCGAUUGUAAACUGGAGAUGAGAGCGCAUGAAAAGUGUGGCACGAGCAGUAUUCAACUCCAUUUUUCUCCAGUUUGCUUUGGCAUAAAGUGCGAAAAAAUGUGAUUUCGUCGAUCAAGUUUUGUUUGUUAUUUUCUUAAGCGAUCUUAGAAUCGAAAAUGUCAAUUUAAAAAGAAAAAAACUAAUUUGCUCAAGUCAGGUGCAAAAUCGAUUCGAACUUGUUUUGCCCGAGGCUCAAUGAUUACCAAGUUUACCAAUUUAUGUUGUACCAUUUACAUGUUUUGAUUGUAUAUUUGUAAGAAACUUUACCUUUUUAUACCUCAUAUUUUGAAAAGUACAAAAUAUACUUACGAAUAAAAAAGGAA